AUGAUCCUCCCGGUCCGCCCACACCCCACCCCUCCUAGCACCCUUCGUCCGUCCGGGUUCCCUCGCGCGCAUACCCCCCUCAUCGCUCGCCGCAGGGUGUGCACAUCGUCUCAUUCGCUUACCAACGAUGGUCGCACGCCGGCUCACUCGUCGGGCACAUGGAUGUUCUUCAGCGGUCUUUAUCCGAUCAGCCUGGGACGGCUGGACUUCCGAGGCCGUCUACUAGGCUCGACCCCGAAGGAGCUGGAGCGCCGCCUCCGGGCCCUCGCCGAUCUCGCCGGAUACCCUUCUCCGGCUCCGCUCGAGAUCGUCCAGCUCCAGCCGCGCGUCAAGGAGGGCGGCGCAUUCGUCCGAUUCGCCUCGCCUGCUCCCCUCAACCCCGCCCUCCUGCGCACCCACCUUCUCGAUAAAAUUGGCCAUCUCAAUCUCAAGCCGUUCUGGCUGCUCAACACACGCCCUGACGUCCACGUCGUCCAAGGAAAGCCCUGGUUGGAGGACAUGAACAUGUUUCCUAACCGGAAGGUGCAAGUCGAAUUCGACGGCCCGAUCCCCACCCAAGAAGACCUGUGGACAUUGUUCCGCCCGCUUGGCAGGGUUAAGGAGAUUCAUAUGCCCACUCCCAAGGACCCUAUCCAAAUCGCACACGUCACACUCGACGGGACUCGGUCGGCUGCGAUUGCCCGUAGCUGUUUACAUGGCUUCGUCUUCCAAGGAGGCCCAGCGGGCAGCUCGACACGGAUCAGAAUCUUGUACUCCCCCCGAGUACAUGCGAAAACGGCCCGCAAUUGGCUCGGCUCCCAUCCCAAGAUCGUCCUCCCCAUCUUGGCCCUCCUGCUCGGCGGUAUCAGCUACACCUUCUUCGACCCCGUUCGGCAGUUUUUCAUCAAAUCACACAUAAUCGGAACAUUUGAUCUCCAGCAGAAUCCGGUCUUCUCUUGGCUGCAAAAAGAGACUGUCGGUCGCUUGGGCUUCGGGCGUGGCUUGAGUGGAGGCGCGACUGACUUAGCAGGCAGUGCGGUGGAAAAGGAACGAGGCGAUGCGGUGAGAGAGUUGAGUGCGGGGCUGUCCGGCACACCCGGCACCUUUUUCAUCCUCCUCGGGCCCAAAGGGAGUGGCAAAACCCAAGUUGUCCAGUCUGUUCUCAGCGAAAGAAAGAAUUCACUAGUGAUUGAUUGUGCCAGUCUCGUACAAGAUGCAACAAACGAUAACAUCGUCACAUCAAACUUGGCCAAAUCAUUAGGAUAUUUUCCUCAGUUCUCGCUCUUUGCCUCGGUCAAUAAUGCUAUCGAUAUGGCUGCUGCCGGCCUAGUUGGCCAGAAAGUCGGGUUCUCGUCUUCCCCAGAAGAUCAGAUCCAUCAGAUUUUGGAUACUGCGGAGAAGGCUCUGAGAGAUCUGGCCAAGCAAGCCUCCAUCAAUCGACAGUACCGCCACGCCAGUCAACAACCCGAAGCGGGCAAUUCGCAGUCGGAGAAAGAGAGCAUCGUCGAUAUGUUGCAGCAGGUCAUUCAAAGUGUCCCUGUCAUUCGGCAUUUGAAUGAUUCAGAUGUACCAGUUGUAGUUCUUAAAGAUUUCUCGGCCAACGCCUCCGCCAAACAUCAGGUCCUGUGGGAAUGUCUUGCUAGUUGGGCAAGUCGACUGACGGAAAAUGGAACUGCCCAUGUGGUCUUUACUAGCGAGAACUCUGGGGCACUGAAACCUCUCGCCCAGGCUUUUUCAGCUCGACCGGUCAAAUCGAUCGUCUUGACUGAUGCAACUGCCGAUAGCGCCUUGCAAUAUGUCUCGAAGCGAUUAUCGCCUGAUUCCAGCCGGAAGAGCACCGUGUUGGCUAAGGAUUCGAGCCUGAUCGAGAUCGUUGGCGGGCGCUUGACGGAUUUGGACUUGUUGGUUCAGAAGAUCGAAAGUGGUCUGGAUGUGGAGCGUGCGGUUGAAGAGAUCGUGCGCCAGUCGAUGGAAGAGAUCAAGCGGAAAUGUUUCGUCCAUGGCGAGCACGGUCAGACCAAGCAUCUGCCUUGGGCUAAUCACCAGGUUUGGGAUCUCAUCAAGCGCCUAUCAUCCCAUGAUGCGGUCCCAUUGCAUCCAAUCUUGAGCGAAACUUUUGAGGAUGAUCUGUCAGUGCUGUCGGCCUUGGAAUCGACCGACCUGAUCACCCUAUCCACCCACGAGAACGGGGAAACGAUGAUCCGGGUGGGCAAGCCGGUCUACCGGACGGCGAUCCAGCGAUUGCUCUCGCAGGAGCAUUUCGCGGCGACGCACAAUCUCGGCUGGGCCAAGCAGCGGAUGGAGCGGGCGGAAGCGGCGAUCGAAAGCAAGCUGCACGAGCUCGUCGAGCUCGGUAAGCUGUUUCCGACGAUCUACACCGUCGGCAGCGACCGCCAGAGCUGGCUGUUCGGCUCCACUUUGCCUCGCCAGAUCCAGUGGAAGGUCCGCAGGAUACUGGAGGAGCUCAGCCGGCUCGAAGUUCUUGUUGACAGCGCUGGGUUGGAUGUUCAACGCGCCAAGAGUGUCUUGUCCCGUCCAUCCCAGAAGAAGUAG